AUGCUUAAACAAGAUGAGGAAUUGGAAUUUCCUGGAGACAGAGGUAUAACAACUGAUAGUCUCUGCUAUCAUUUCUCAUUACCUAUUUUUGUUGCAGUUUUAUUUGUUUUUUGCGGUGUUUUAAUAACUGGUUUUAAAUUUUCCUUCAUUCAUCCUGAAAAUGAAAAAGGAUUUAGAUGCGGAAUUAAUAACAAUAAAUACGGUGCAACAGAUCAUGAUUUUACAAACUUUCCUUACGUUAUAUUAAAUGGAACUCAGCGUUAUUGCUCAAAUCAGUGCACAGGAAGGAAAUUUUUCCGAUAUUGUAUCCCGCUAGAUGCAAAAAGUAUGAAAAAACUCCCGUACAAGUUUAAAUUAGUAGAUGAUUUCUUGUCAUACUGGAUAUACAUCGUUAUUUUUGCUUCCAUAGUUAUAGUUUUAUCAUUACCUGUUUAUUUUAUAUGCGCAAAGAUUACUUCGAUUUUAUUUACAGUAGCAAUUUUUGCUUCAUGCAUUUUAACAGGAGGAACAUCCGUAUUUGCAAUAAGAUAUCAAUUUUACUCAUCAUUUGCUUUCCUUCUUAGCAUUACAAUAAGCUUAAUUUUCAUUUUUAUUUAUUUCAGGAAAAAUAUCUCAGCAAUUUCGCCAAUGGUCUCCGUUUCAGUUGAUAUAUUCAGAAGAGUACCUUCGUUACUUCAUGUAGCCCCAAUACUUAUCUUUGGAGGACUGUUUGCAUUUGCAUUUGUCGUUUUCGGUUAUUUCUUUUCAAAAGGAAUAGGCGAUGCAGUAGUAUCAGAUGGAAGAAUGAAAAUCGAAAGCCAUGGAUCACUUGUUUGGCCAAUUAUCUUAUUUAUACUCGCAGGCCAAUGGUUUUAUGAAUUUCUUAGGACACUUUUGAGAAUUUCAGUUUCCAGAAUUGUAUGCCGCUUAUAUUUCCAGAAAGAACCCCCAUCAUUAUCAGAAUCAAUCAAACAUAUCCUUAAAUAUCAUACAGGCACAGUUUUCCUUGGAUCGUUUAUCAUAUAUUUACUCAGCGAUCUCGUAUAUCUCCUCAAAAGGCUGAAAAAGUACUCAGAAAAAGUACAAAACAGAUUUGUCAAAUUUCUGAUUAAUUGUCUAAUCUCUCUAUUUAUCAUCAUUACAAAGAUAGCUGGCGAUAUUAAUAGACUCUCUUUUGUUUUCACGGCUUUGAAAGGAGUUUCUUUCUGGGAUUCUUGCAAAUGGGCUGUGGAUGCCAUUAUGGAUCCGAAUUUUGCUGCAACAGAAAUAAUUAUUUACAGGGUGUUCUGGUUUAUUAAGAUUUCUAUUUCUUUGACUUUUUCUGCAAUUGCAUAUUUUAUAUCUAGCUAUAUUGGAUUAUUUUAUUCAACAAUCUUCGUAUCCAUGACAUAUAUUAUUAUAUUCUAUAUUGUUGACUCCGUAGAAACACUUCUUUUUGCAUCAUGCGAAUCAAUUCUUGUUUGCGUUCAUGAAGAUGUCAAAGAUCAUGGUGCACAAAAUGCUAUAGCCCCUCCACAGCUUUGGGAAGUUGUUACUUUAUUCGGAAAUUGCAAACCAGAAUCUCAGGAAAGUACUCAAGCGUAA